CGGACAACGACAGAAGACACAUCCAUCCCAGAUUAAACCAUGAAAACCAAGGCAGCACAGAAGCAGGGUGGUGAUUGGCCAAUCACCAAAGUUUGCGAGGUCCGCUUGAACCGCUUAACACCCCAGGUCAUUCUCCAGAUAAUGAGAGAAUUAAAGGCACAGCCCUACCCGAGGCCAAACGAAGUCUCCCGAGCCCUCGAGAUUUUACGCAGCCGAGGGAUCACCGCCGAGCUCGCUGCACCGGAGGUGGUGUAUAUUUCCUCGGAUGACGAUCUGAAUACCCCGCCAAGGCCAGUGAGAGAGAGGAGCUCAAGACCAAGCACCCCGUCCCCGGUGGUUUCGCCACAGUCUGAACAAGGAAUUCGGCGGGGAACAACACCCCAUGACGAUUGGAGUUGGUUGCUGGCGAGCCCGGUUCCUGCUAAACCAAAUGGGCUCCCUAUAACCCCCGGCCGCGGCAUGCAGGCUAACUCACCUAGCGGCCCCUCGCUUGGAAGCACAAUCGUCGGUAGUCCAGGGAGUGAUGUUGCCUACCUCCAGCAAAUAUUGGAAGGGCUCCCAAAACCCGAAUACCCGAGACCGUUGGCUGUUCCGGAAGCAGUGGAAGGCACGGGAGACAAACCGAGGUUGAAGAGUGUGGUGGUCAUACCAAAGGCAGCAGAGAAGAGGGUGGAGUUCGUCUGCGCAAGAGCGCUAUCUCCGGAUACGGACAGAGAACUUCAGCCGCACUUGGAAGCAGCCUUAGCGCUACAUAGACCAGGCAACCAAUAUAAGAGAGUCGUGGAAGUUCGCGGAAAGAGGUUGCGGAUAUUGGUUGGCCGGAAGGGCAAUGUGACGGUCAUUCCUCGCGGUCAAGAGGACCCCACCCCAGGGAAGGGGGAAGUGUGACGACCAAAAAUCGUGGCACUCAAUUUUGCUCACACCUUGCAGUGUUAUUUGUUCUUUAAUAAUAAAUAAAUAUUCUAAAACUCAA